AUGAAUAUUUUAUUUUUUAUUUUUUUAUUUUUAAUUACAAAAUUUAAUUUAAUUAAUACAAUUCCAAGAACAAAAAUUAAUGAUUUGGUUAUUAGUAAAGAAAUAAAUGAAUUAAUUGAAGAAGAAGAAAAAGAAGGAGGAAAUAAUUUAAAAAAGGAAUUAAAAACAAAUAAUUUAUUUGGAAAUUCUUCUACAAAUUCUUUUGUUGUAAUUAGAGUUAUUCCUUUAAAUGAUGCUCAUUUAAAAUUAUUAGAACAAUUGGAAAUUAAUGGGGCUGAUAUGGAGGUAAUUUUUAAAAAAAGAAGAGAGGAGGAUUAUUGUGUAUACAAGGAAGGAAUCGGAAAUUGACCCCCUAAAACAGAGAAUAGUUUAUUUUUUAUGUCG